AGUACUUUGGAGUAAUGUCAGUCUCCACCAAAAUUUCGAAGCCGCCCAGCCUUUGCUUUCUCUUUGCACUUCUUGCCGGCAUUUCUUUACAUGCACAACAUAACAUACCUUGCCUAGGCCUUUGCUUUGUGUAGUUUUUUUUUCCUAUCGCAACUCUAUCUUUCCGACGCCUCACCAACCGCUGAUCCUGUCCCGAAUUGCUUGUAACGAGUGCGACAUCUCUUGACAAGUCUGCAUCAUGUCUUCGACGUCGAAUUCGAUCAAGCUGCUUAGCGGCAACUCUCACAUGCUGUUGGGGCGGUUAGUUGCUGACAGGCUUGGUAUCGAGAUUGCAAAGACCUUGAGCUUGAACUACUCGAACCAAGAGACAAGUGUCACUGUGGGCGAGUCUGUUCGCGAUGAAGACGUAUUCAUCAUUCAGUCAACCAUGCCCGGUGACAUAAACGAUGGCUUGAUGGAGCUCCUCAUUAUGACACACGCUUGCCGUACUGCUUCAGCAAGGAGAAUCACUUGUGUUCUUCCCAACUUCCCAUAUGCUCGCCAAGACAAGAAGGAUAGGUCACGAGCCCCUAUCUCGGCCAAGCUUAUAGCGAACAUGAUUCAAACCGCUGGCUGCAAUCAUGUCAUCACAAUGGAUUUGCACGCGUCUCAAAUUCAAGGGUUCUUCAACAUACCUGUUGAUAACCUAUACGCUGAACCAUCUGUACUUCGCUGGAUCAGGGAAAACCUGCCCGUCGAGAAGUGUGUCAUCGUGUCGCCUGACGCUGGAGGAGCAAAGAGGGCUACCUCCAUUGCGGACCGUCUAGACCUUGGCUUCGCCCUCAUUCACAAGGAGCGUCCGCGACCCAAUGUUGUGGGACGUAUGGUUCUUGUUGGUGAUGUCAAGGACAAAAUUGCCAUCCUGGUCGACGACAUGGCCGACACGUGCGGGACUCUGAGCAAGGCAGCCCAGACUGUGAAGGACCACGGCGCAGCAGAGGUGGUCGCAAUUGUAACCCAUGGCAUUCUGAGCGGAAACGCCAUUGAGAACCUCAACAACUCGUGCCUGUCCAAGGUCGUCGUUACAAACACCGUACCACUGGGCAACAAAGUUGACAGAUGCCCGAAGAUUCGUGUCAUUGAUGUCUCAGCAACGAUUGCAGAGGCUAUCCGGCGUACACACAACGGCGAAAGUGUCAGCCACCUUUUCACUCACGUGCCUGUCUGAAGUGUCCAAGAGUCUAGGUAGUCUGUUGACCUCCUAGAUACUAUGAGUUAUGAGUGUUUGACUCGGUGUGCGGAUUGGCUCCUCUGUAAUUUUUUUUGGGAACCUUCGGCGUAGCAUAUAGUGCUUACAGCCGGCCGAGGAUGGAUUCGGAAUAAACAGUUGGAUCACAGGAUACCUUGCAUACGUUUCUUUCAUGACGCACGUUCCCAAUCUUAAAAAGCCGGGCUUAGUUUGCUUAAUGUUCAAGGGACCACUGAACAAGCAGUUGACUGUAGUAGUUGCCAGCCACCUUUGGGACCCAUGCAUAUGAACACGAGACAGACGUUUAACUUGCUUGGUACUUACCAACCUAAGGUAGGUACCUAGGUAGUCACCUACAUAUACCAGGUGCGAGCGCAGAAUAUAUGGGGCCACUUUGACUACUAAAGAUACCUACUACCUACCUAC